ACGCGGGCAGCCCGGCGACGGCCGGAGGGGAAGGACCGCCAAGGGGUGACGGCACCGUGGGGACGGGACGGAACGGAACGGACACACCGGAGAACACCGAGAGACCCCCCCGGGGCACCGAGAAACCCUCCCUGGACACCGAGAAACCACCCGGGGCACCGAGACAUCCCCAGAGUCCGAGGGCACCGAGACCCCGCGAGUGCCGCCGCCCGGCAGGGGGGAGGUGCUCCCCCGGCGCCCCCCGGUGCCCCCCGGCCCAGGAUGGCCGGCAGCGCCCCAGGAAGGCCGGCGGAGGUGGCAGACUGGCUGGGGCACCCCUUCGAUGGCUCCUUUGGAAGCACCAGUGUCGCUGUGAAGGCCCUGAGAGGCAGCUCUGGGAGAGGCCGGAGGCAGCAGCUGAAGGACCCAAGUUCUGUGCCAGAAAACAGCAAAGCCAGGGCUCCUUCCAGGAAAAGGGCAAAGCCCUCUGUGGUGGAUCUGCCCUGUAGGAAGUCCAGGCAGAGCUGGAGCCCGUCCCAGGAUGAGCUGCCGUGGGUGGAGAGAUACAAACCUGAGACUCAGAAUGACCUUGCUGUGCAAAAGAAGAAAAUUGAAGAAGUUGAGGCCUGGUUAAAAAUGCACAUAUUUCAGAGGCAACCAAAGCAGCGUGGCUCUGUUUUGUUGCUGACUGGUCCCCCUGGCUGCGGAAAAACUGCAACUCUGCAAAUUCUGGCCAAAGAUCUUGGCCUUCAGGUGCAAGAAUGGACCAAUCCUGUAUCUUUAGACUUUACAAAGGAAGAGUUAAGAAACAUGUUUGACCAUGACUCCAAUUUUCAUAUGUUUCCGAGCCAGGCCCAAGCAGCUCUCUUUCAAGAUUUUCUAUUAAGAGCAAAUAAGUAUAACAAACUUCAGAUGCUUGGGGAGUCCUCAGAAAGUGAUAAAAAGCUUAUUCUUAUUGAAGACAUUCCCAACCUGUUCUACCGGGACCCCAGCAGUCUGCAUGGCAUUCUCAGGAGAUUUGUUCGUACAAGUAGAUGCCCCCUGAUAUUUAUAAUCUCUGACAACUUCAGUGGAGACAACAACCAGAGGUUACUGUUCCCAACAGAAAUUCUAGAGGAGCUUUGUAUAUCCGCUAUUAGUUUCAAGCCUGUUGCACCAACAAAUAUGAUGAAAGUUCUCAAUCGAAUAUCUGCAGCAGAAGCUGGGAUGAACAGAGAGAAAAAUCAUGCCCUUGAUAGAGCUUCUCUGGAGUUGCUUUGCAGAGGUUGUUCAGGUGACAUAAGAAGUGCAAUAAACAGCCUUCAGUUUUCCUCAAGGAAAGACUGCUCUUUGGAGAAGGAGUUUUGGUCGAGGAAGAAAAGGAGCUCCACAAUAAAAUGUGAGGAAGCUGCAGUAUCGAAAGAAAGAAAGAAAAGUAAAUGUGAUACCACAGAAGACCAGGAGAUACAAGCCAUUGGUGGCAAAGAUGCAUCCAUCUUUCUUUUCCAUGCUCUGGGGAAAAUAAUUUAUUGCAAAAGAGAACCAGUGUCAGAGGCAGAAUUCCCUCAGCUUCCUGCCCACCUGUCAGAAUUCCAUCGGGACACGUUGCUCAUUCAGCCUGAGGAUAUUGUGGAAAAAUCACAUAUGUCAGGAGCCAUGUUUAAUUUAUACCUCCACCAGAACUAUGUGGACUUUUUUUCUGAUAUAGACGACGUGGUGAGAGCCAGUGAAUAUCUGAGUGCUGCUGAUGUCCUUUGCAGUAACUGGAGUACACGUCUUGUGAUGGAAAACUACAGUGCCUCUGUGGCUACCCGAGGGGUGAUCCAUUCCAACACAUCCAGGGCCUUUGCCCACCAGCAGGGAGGGAUGGGAUUCCGACCCUUGCAUAAACCCCAGUGGUUUUUUAUCAAUAAAAAGUAUCAGGAAAAUUGCCUUGCUGCCAAAUCUCUGUUCUCAAGCUUCUGUUUACCACCCGAGUGCCUUCAGACAGAGUUGCUGCCUUAUCUUGCUAUGUUAGCAAACCCAAUGAGAAACCAGGCUCAGAUUGCUUUUAUCCAAGACGUGGGGAGGCUGCCACUGAAAAGGCGUUUUGGGAGGUUAAAGCUGGAAGCUCUCUGUGAUAAGGACCCCGGGACCCCAGAGCUGUUCCCUGGGGAGGGUGAUGGUGCCGAUGCGGAGCCGGGGAACAGCAGGAUGGGAGAGAGUGAUCCCAGUGAUCCCGAAGGACUCCUGCUGCCCUCCAGCCAGUGCAGUGGCAGUGACCUGCCUGGCAGCCAGCCCCAACCCGUGGCAGCCCAGGCCAUCAUGGAGGAGGAGGAGCUGACAAUAGAGGAAUUCGACAGUGACUGAGCUCCAGACCCCACCCACUGCCUUGCCUGGCCGAGGUGCUGCAAAGGCCUCGGCUGAAGAGAGCAUGGUCUGUCCCAAAGUGCUGCCUAAGCCACAGAGCAGGGCUGGGAGCCAGGUCUGAACUGUCUCAGCAUCGCGACAGCUCUCUUCAGCUUCCUCCUCACUGUGCAGGAUCAGCCCUGAGCUGAACACUGAAUCACACACAAUUUCCUGCCUCUCCUGAGCCACAAAAUCGUCUAUAAAAAGAGAGUAAUAAAUGACUGAAAUCAAUCUGAAAGAGACUGUAGAUCAGCAGUGUCAGUCAAGUUAUUUUUAGUUUUCGCACAUUUUAAUUUACCUUGCAAUUGUACACUGUGUUUCCUGAGUACACGUGCCAUAAGUUGUCAGCAUUUGAAGGUUUUGUUCAAAUUCUUACCUUCAAAUGAACCUGCUGUUUGGAAGUUUGUACCUUCAUGAAAUAAGAGGCUGAAAUGUACACAGAAAAAGUUUGAUGUCCCAUACGGAUAAUGUAAAGAAAAAUCCUAUUGUAUUAAUACUGUUUAGUACGCUGACUCAGAUUUUUAUGUCUUUAUAAGUAAGUUUAUAUGUUGUACCAUAGCUUAUUUUGGAUUCCUUGUUGAAAGAUAUUUUCAUAACUUAUGGAGGGGAAAAUGCAACAAUCAAGCUGAAGUUGUUCUCUCUAGGAAGUUUAAAGUGUAUAAAGUGCAGUUUUUCUCCUUAGGUUGCACUUGAUUUUGUGUUUGGUAAGUGACACAUGGUACAGUGCUGGGGAUAGUGAUACCACAGGAGUGAGGGAAAAAGUGUAACCAAAUUCCUUUGUGUGGUGCACGUUUGCAUUUCUGUAUAGCUCACAGCCAGAGUUUAGUAAGAGAAGACACAUGUUUAUCCACCCAGACCUUGGGUCAAUGCUAUUAAAGAGUCUGGAUUUGUCAUCUCCUAA